AAAGGACGCUUUCGUGUGCUCCACCGCACUGGUGGCGACAUCAUGUAUUCGCCGGAGAUGGCAAGUAAAAUAGUGGUCCUGUGCGCUAUCCUCCAUAACAUCGCUGUAAGGAGUCGCGUGGAGCUUCCUCAAACAGAGGAAUUGCCUGAUGAGGAGCCAGGGGUUGGGCGGAGAUACGGUGGGGGGAGUAUUUCGUGGAGUGGAAGUCAAGUAAGGGCACACAUUGUAAGGGCACACAUUAUAUUUCAGCUGAUUGCUCAUACAAAAAGUGGACGACCACAACGGCAAGCUGAUGCAGGGAGGCAACAUCAGGCCCCUUCUCAGCCCCCCUCCCCUUCUCACUCCCCCUCCCCUUCCCAGUCCCCCUCCCCUUCCCAGUCCCCCUCAGCUUCCCAGUCCCCCUCAGCUUCCCAGUCCCCCUCCCCUUCCCAGUCCCCUUCUAAGCCCACCUCUCCUUCUCCUUCUGUGGCCCCUUCUCCUCCUUCCCAGUCCCCUUCUCCUUCUCCUUCCAAAUCCCCUUCUCAGCCCCCCUCACCCUCUAUUGGCCAAACACUCUCUCCGCCCCCCUCGCCCUCUCAAUCAGACCCACCCUCAGAAAAUACAUCCCCAAUCCCUCCUCCUUCCCCCAUCCAGCCUCCUUCCCCCAUCCCUCCUCCUUCCCCAAUCCCUCCUCCUUCCCCCAUCCAGCCUCCUUCCCCCAUCCAGCCUCCUUCCCCCAUCCAGCUGCCUUCACCACCCAGUGAAUGGGCCGAAGAAGCCCCUGAUGGACUAAGUGAUGAUGUUGCAGAGGAAAAUGCUGCAGUUGGAGAUCCCAGCACUUUGCCAGCACUUUUAGGGCGGCUAAAAGCCCAUUUAAGGGAAGUUAUAGCCGACAUAGAGGCAAUUGAAAAUGUCCUCUAA